UAUUGUUUGUGCCGCUUUUUGUUCCGCCACUCCAAGAUGCUCAGGAUUACACUUUAUUGGAACCACUUGCCAUCUGCUUGACUGCCAAUUCUUGAUCCAACCAAGGGACGGAGAAUUGUCUCUUCCUGUCAAAAAAGAACGGUCUUGGACACCGAUUGACGGGAUGUGGUCAAAUUGGUCACCUUAUUCGCCUUGUUCAAAGACUUGUGGACCCGGUACGAAAAGCCGAAGUCGGACUUGCAAUUCUCCAACUCCGGCUUAUGGAGGAUCCUAUUGUCUUGGGUUGGGUGACGAGACCAGUGCUUGUAAUCUCCAGAAAUGUGUGGGAUCAGUGCUGAAAUUCCCGGCUUCGUUUGGAGUAUGGGGAUCCGCUGAAUUGUGUCCUCAAGCUUUUGACUUUGUGCAAGGAUUCAAGACUCAAGUGGAAUCGAAUCAAGGUGGUGGGGAUGACACAGCCAUGAAUACCAUUACCCUUAUUUGUUCCGGAGGCGGCGAAAUAUCAAGUCGAAGGGGACCUUUUGGUACUUGGGGACCAACUAGACGGUGCUCGGACGGAUACAGCCAAGCAGAACUCAGGAUCGAAGGGGCGCAGGGUAGCGGAGACGAUACGGCCACAAAUUGCAUUCGUUUAUUUUGCAUUUCAAGUGGAGCUUGGCAAGAAAGUAAUUGUGCCAAUUGGGGUACUACCAUUUCAAAAUCUUGCCCAUCGAAUCAAAAGAUUUGUGGAAUACGAGUCAGAGUUGAGGAUAGACAAUAUUCAGGGGAUGACACCGCGUUAAAUGACGUAGAACUGACUUGUUGCCAUGGAUACGAUUAAAAGCCUGAAUGAUGGAUGGACCUCGUGGGAUAAAAGGUUGUCCAGAAGAGACAAUAAAAGUACCAAAGAUAUGAAUUUGUCACAUGAUCAAGAGGUGACUGUUGACUAUAUUGUUUAAUGCAGUGAGAGGGGGAAAUAUAUAU